GGCUUACUCGCACCUGACGUAGCACGAUCUAACACGACCGUUUCAGAAGGCAGACUUGCACUUUUAGAGCUCGCGAUGCUAUUAAAACGUCGCUUUUACUUCGAAUUUACUACGAAGUUCAUCGAAGUUAAUCACAGUCGAGUAGCCUUUUCUAGGAUCUACUGAACUUUCUCUUGACGCAAGUACUACUGCCGCGCUACCUUCGGAAAUGGUAUCCAGACAGAAUGGCAACAAUCCCCGGCAAGCGUCCGGCCUGGGCAUCUCCAGUGGGAAUCCUAUUCCCUGCCGGCCCAGCCGACAUUAUUUGGAAGAACUUCUUGAAAUUCAAUCACUUCUGGAUUCCAUUCUGACAGUCAUUCGCUAUGGAAGGGAGGAAGAAAUAGGUGGAUUACUAGAUUGUAUCCGAAGUGGAGCUUCAUUGCCUCAAAUACGCUAUCACCUCCGGUCUCUGGGUACUCGGACAACAGUUAAAACAGGCGAAGUCAUUAAGGACGUUAGUUGACAAAGGGGAUGAACCCGUUGAGUAUUCUUGAAUAAACUUGGCACCUGAUAAUGACCGUGAAAUUCGUGAAAUUUCGGCGUCUGGCCUAUGUUCCCUUACGUUGUGCUCUUCCUAUGACGUAACCAGGUUAGUAUACCUAAAUAGCUGGAUUCCGGAGCCGAAUCCCGACCUCGCAGAUUCAAAGAUACUUCUCAUCUCUCAGCAAGCAGGAUAACCCAAAUUAAGCCCGACGUCUGUCGCAGCAGCAGUAUCGGAAAAUGGGUGCUAUCGUCAGCUACGUUCACUUCCUCCUAGACAGCGCCCUCGCCACCGUCAAGCUGGUCCAAAACCGUGAGGUCGGCUGGAAGACUCUCAAUCGCAAGACCGGCCUUUAUGUGCGCGAACAACAACCGAUCUACAAGAAAAUCAAGCUAUGGCUCUUGUUUAGUCGGCCUAUGGAGUGGUUGGACCGUACGUGGUUGCUGAGGUAUUGGAUGCACGAGAAGACGAUAACUUCUGGGAAGAAAGAAGGUACUCGGGCCUCUGCCAAGCAGAUAGCAUCCUUUGUCGACUUCUAUCACAUCAACAUGGAAGAUUUCACGCCGACAGACAUCCACGCGUACCGCACUUUCGAAGAUUUCUUCGUGCGGCGACACAAGCCAGGCGCCCGUCCAAUCUCCCAAAAGAAUGACUCCGCUCUCGCCGUCGUUGUCGCGGACUGCCGGCUUGUAGUCUACCCCAGCGUCUCCGAGACUAAACGGCUAUGGAUAAAAGGACGAAACUUCACCAUCGGUAAUUUGAUCCAAGAUGUUGCCGCCGCCAAAAUAUGGGACCACGGCGCAAUCGCGUCCUUCAGACUCAGUCCACAAGACUAUCAUCGGUAUCACUCUCCAGUCGAAGGCACUGUGGAAUGGUACAGGCAAAUCCCUGGAGAGUAUUACCAAGUCGACCCGCUCUGCUUGCGAUCCGACAUCGACGUCUUGACGGUAAACGCUCGCUGCGCAAUCUGCAUCAACAGCCCGUCAUUUGGAUAUGUGCUCUUUGUGGCAAUCGGGGCCACAGACGUGGGAACCGUGGAAAUCAACCAAAAGUGUAGGACUAAGGGCUCACGGCUGGAAAAAGGCGAGGAGCUAGGUUUGUUCCAAUUUGGAGGGAGUAGCAUAAUCGUUGCUUUCGAGGAGGGAAGAAUACGUUUUGACAAAGAUUUACUCAGUGUGAGCAGGCGUCUGGUGAUGAUGGAUGUGGAAGUAGGGAUGAGUCUGGGACGGGCGAUCUAGAAUGGGUGAGUUUUGUACAGGACUACUGAGGGAGAACUGACAAGAGGAUGUGACUUGUUCUACAUCUCCUUUGCACCCCUGGAUACCUGUGGUUCGUAUAUGAUGUGGAUAACGGUGGGCCCAUAAGAAGCAAAGCUCCUGCCUCACACUCAUCAGUCCGAUCACUCUUCCGAAGCAACACUAUCGCUCGAGAGGCAGGUGAGGUAGUUACUUCUAAUUGGCUGCGGAAGGAAGCUUCAGAGAGGGAAUAGGGUCUUUCGCCUGGAGGGAAUCGGGAAUGCUAGGCUUAAGUACGAGACCACUCGACCAGGUAUGUCUGGGGUUCUCGAUUGCGGCACUAGCUCUAGAGUAGCUGGAGAAUGAGGUUUUAUCUGUUGUCGUAACUAGGUAGUGCGCCCUUGAUACCAAAGAGUAACGUUGCGACCUCCUUCUGCUUGCGCCAAACCAUCCAACAAACGACUACCAAUACAAUUUCUUCACCACUCAGUGUCUCACUCAAUUUCUCAAUCGUAGUCCCGGGUCAGA